AUGGGAUUCUUCUUACCAAUUUCCGGUUCCGUGUCCCAAGCGGUCGUCCAUCCGAACGUCAUUUUCAACGUCUGCGACUCGUACGUGCGCCGCAACGACAACGUGGAACGAGUGAUCGGCACUUUAUUAGGCCACUACGACGCGAAAACAAACAGAUUGGAAGUGACGAAUUCGUACGCGGUGCCACACAACGUGCAACAAUCCACCGGGCAGGUUUUACUGGACGUGGAAUUCCACCGCGCGAUGAUUGAGUUACACGCGAGAGUAAACCCGAAAGAGAUUGUGAUUGGAUGGUAUUCCACCGGGGACGGGAUCGUCCCGGCGUCGAGUUUAAUACACGAGUUUUACGCCAAAGAGAUGGGCAUGAACAUCUCCGCGCCGUUGCAUUUAACCUUCGACGUGGAGUUUAAGGAUACGGAUAAUUUGGUCAGAGCUUGGGUCGGCAGGAGUUUAGAUUUUGGCGUCAGUUCGCUCGCGCGAAGGCGAGAGUUGGAAAAGAAAGAAGCAGUAAAAAGCGGGAAAGAGGAAAAGAAAGAACAACAUCAAAACGAAGACGAGGACGAGGACGACGAGGACGAGGACAUGGGCAUGUCUUCCGCGUGUUUCCAAGAAAUCGCGUGCGUGACGAACUUCGAGCUCGCGGAACGCGUCGGCUUUGACGCGUUGAGCGCGACGAAAACGGAAAAGAACGCGGAAAACUCGAGCGCCGUGGAAGGUUUGAAGAAAACCGUGGAAAAGAUUGAAAAGUUACUGGACGAGUGCAAAAUACGCGCGGAAGAAAACGGAGGGGAGAGUUCUUCAAUAGUCGUUGGAAAUUCUAGAGUAGGUAGGCAAGUCGCCGAGGUUCUCCGAGCGACGCCGCAGUUGACAAACGACCAGUUCGCCCGAGUCUUUGGCGAAAGCGGCAGAGAUUGCAUGAUGGUUUCGUACGUCGCCAACGUCGCCAAGGUUCAACUCCAAUUGGCCGAGAAGUUGAACACCGCCAGCUUUUUGGUUUAA